AUGAAGAAAAAAAUGAAAAUAAAUGACCCUGCAGAUUUCUCCCGGUUUAAACCUUUCGACCUAACUUGUCUUGGGAUGACGGGAAAUGAAAUCAAUCGACUUGUAAACCAGUUAAUAGAAGAUGGAUAUCCAGUAGGCAACCUGCUGUCAGACAGGCAUAUGGAUUGUGGUUAUUUAUCGUCUGAUAUAGACUCACAUAACGUUACUGAUUUUCACCGAUCCAAGUUAUUACGUAAACUGUUCGGGAAAAAACAAUCCUUAUUUACUAGUGCUCCAGUUUCCCCUGCACAUAGACCUGAAUAUCGAUCCAUUGAACGGUUGCCUAUCCAACGACCCCAACAACAAGUGCCUUAUCGUUCAACGAGUUUCACGGAUGAUCGAAAAUCCAAUCCAGUUCAAAAUACCAGUGACAGUACCCCUACCAAUCCAACUGCAUUUACAUGUCUUAUUCCUGAAAAAGAUAUCAAACUGCAUUCAAAAAUUGGGAUUGGUUCGUUUGGUAUAGUCCGACGUGGCGACUGGACCAUGCCAACUGGUGAAACUAUUCCUGUAGCUGUAAAAUUAUUACGAUCAGAAGCAAUGAAAAGUGAUAUAUUCACUGGAUUUUUAUAUGAAGUCCGUGCAAUGCAAUGUCUUUCACAUCCUAGCCUAAUUCGUCUUCAUGGGAUUGUGCUGUCUAAUCCAAUCAUGAUGGUUACUGAACUAGCACCUUUAGGCAGUUUAUUAUUACACCUAAGAGCUCAAUCAAUGUGUGCACGUAAUAAUUCUUGUCAAACAAAUUCACCAAACAAUUUACCCUAUGUACCACGUGCUCUUCAAAUUGAUUCAUUAUGGGAUAUGGGUAUACAAAUUAGUCGUGGUAUGGCGUAUCUUUCAUCGCAAGGUUUAGUUCAUCGUGAUUUAGCUGCUAGAAAUAUUUUACUUUCAUCAAUACAAAAAAAUGAAUAUCCUCAGAUUAAAAUUGCCGAUUUCGGUUUAGUUCGAUCAGUAGUUGAUUCUACGAAUAUAACUGAUAAAAAGUUGAAUAAAGAAAAUGAAUUCAAUGAACCAGUAUAUACGGGUAAUUUAGAACAGAAAAUUCCAUUUGCAUGGUCCGCUCCCGAAUCUUUGCGUAAACGUGUCUUUUCUGAAGCCAGUGAUGUUUGGAGUUUAGGUGUUACAUUUUGGGAAAUGUGGACUGGUGGUGCAGAUCCUUGGCCAGGUGUUAAUGCUGGACAAUUGUUAGAACUAUUAGAUUCAGGGCGUCGAUUAGUUUGGCCAAGAUAUACUUGUCCACGUCGAUUAUAUCAAUUAAUGUUAGCUUGCUGGCGAGCUGAACCAUAUCGUCGGCCAACAUUUUCUUAUCUUUCUGAAAGAUUAGAUCAAAUACGUCCAAUUACUGUUGUAGCAACUCAAAAUCUUGAUGAAGCUGAUCGGUUAGGCUUAGAAGCUGGUGAUACAGUGAUUGUUAUUGACGGGAAAUCUCAUAAAUUUUGGUGGUCUGGUCAAAAUAAACGAACUGGUGAAAUUGGCUUAUUUCCAAGGGGGAUUGUACAACGUGGGAAUAGUGACACUUUAACUAACGAAGAUAUAAGCCGACCAAUUCGUGAUUCUUUUCUGCAUGCUGAACACAUUCGUAAAAAUGGGACAGGAUGGAGUUCAUCCCAACCUGGUGUAUCUAAUGAAAUAUUUCAUCAUCAUAUGCAUGGUCUAAAUGCAUCUCCGUCUGUUCGAUCAGCACAUACUGAGGCGAAGUGUAAUCUAAGAAAAACUGAGAAAGUGUCAAACUCAGUAGAAUAUAAUCUACUACCACUAGAUGAUAAUGAUUGGCUGCCAGUACAAAAUUCUUCAUUAGCUGAUUUAGAAAAUGCAUCAAUAUCUCAUCAUACUACAGAUUCCUACUCAUUUUAUGGUUGUAUGCUUAAUAAUGCAGCAUCUGUACAUGCUCCAUGUUUAGAAACCUAUGAUGAUAAUGGUGGCGGCGGCGGUGAUGGUGAUGAGGAAGAAGAAGAAGAUGAACGUCGACGACUCGAUAGAUUGCCUGAUUCAACUGUUGGCCUGAAUGCUUAUAAUGUAGAAUUAAGAAAAUGUUCCAAUUCCAAGUUAUUGAAUAAUCAUAGAAAUUCAGUGGCUAAUUGUGAAGGCAAUUUCUACAAUUCAGAUACUUAUACCUACCAAUCAUUAACAAUGUUGCCGCCUCCUCCUGGACCAGAAGACAGUGAAACUGUAGUUACCGAAGAUAAAAGCAAUGAAGCAUUUACAGAUCUUAUUCAACUUACAAAGCCUAGAAAUUCAUCUCUACGUAUACCACCACCUAAUAGUGAGAAUAAUCAAACCAGACUUGAAUCGAAUUCAAAAAUUGAUCAAAAAACUGAAAACUCUCUACCGCCAUCGUCAUCAUUAUCAUCGAAUUCAGAGACAACCAUCCACUCAAAACAAUCAUUUUCAUUGGAUAAUUUAUUAGAUGAGAUCAAUUCUGUUGGUGAUAAUGAUGGUAAUAAAUGUCAACCAUCAGCUCCACCAUUGAUUGAUUUGUACAGUCGUGUACCAGAUCCACUUGUAUUUACGCCUAGAUAUCGUAUAACAGUACCAACUGCUCCAAUCUAUACACCAUCGGUAAUGAAACCUACUCAUCCUUAUUAUUCUGGUGUUUUUCCUCGUGCAACUGCCCCUGUAUAUUCAUCCAACCCUUUUUUAGUAAUGAACUCUAAUAUCUCAACACAAUUUGCAUGUUGUACUCAAGGACAAUAUUUUCCUAAUCCUUUCUAUCAUCAACAACAAGGUUAUGCACAGAAAUCAUAUGGUGGUACAACUGAUCCAUUCUCUUCUUCUUCUUCUUCUUCAACAAAAUUCAAUAUGAAUCAUUCAGUAACACAAAUGACCUCUGGAUCUAGUGGUGACAAUCCAUUUGACUUAAAUAAUUUAAAGUCUAAACCGCAUUCAUCAUCAACUGAUGAAAUCGGUACGGUAAAAAAGCAGAAUAACAAUGAUCCAUUGAAUAUUUUUGACUUUACAUUCGAUACAAUCAAUAAUAGUAAUAAUAAUCCUAAUAAAAAUGAUGUAGCUACAACAAGUUGUAAUGAUAAACAAUCGGUUGUAGUUUCAUGUGCGAAACCUACUGUCGGUAAUUCUAUGUUCUCAAGUAAACAACCAGUCCAUCCUCCAACUAGAUUAGAAAAUGAACUACUUGUUCGAUCAUGUUCUGGUACAAACUUCUCGUCUUCAUCAUCAUCAGUGCCGACAAUUCCAGAUCCAUGCUCCAUUGAUCUGUCGAGAACAAAAGCUCAGCCUGUCAAUUCAUCUGUUGGAAUGCCUGUCCAAAGUGAUACAAUUUCAGAUGUGCAACCACAAAUUCAAGAAAGUGAAAAUCACCCUAAACUCUCCAAUUCUGUAGACAUUUUCACUGAUGAAAUUUCCCUUGUCUGUUCUCAAGUACCCGGUUGUACUUCAUCUGAAGCUCAUUGGGCUUUAUUACAUGUAAUGAAUCCAUUUUCUCCUAUUAUACCCCAAUUAAUUGUACCCCCGAUUCCGCAUACUUCACCUAUCGAAACUUGGAGAACUAGAUUGGAUAGAACUAGUGCUUGGCGUGUACAAUUAGCUGUACGUCUACUAUCAGUCUGUCGUCUUUAUCAAUUAGGUUUAAUAAACUGGGAUUCAUGUUGUGAGAUAAUAAGCGCAUUCAAUUGGCAAUUAGAACCUGCAGCCGAUUGGAUUCUUGAUCAUAUGACACCUAGUUGUUUUAUUUAAUUAAUUAUUUAUUUAUUUGUCUCUUGAUUUUUGUGAUUGAUGAUUCACAUUGUAUGAUGAAUUGUUUCAUAUAUAUCUAGACAAUAACAUUAAUUUUAAUCUAUAUCAUACCCUUCUUAUAUAUAUACAACCAGAUUUUAUUCAUUCUUUUACAACUACCCCUUUUAUUCUGUUUUCAUUUGCUUGUACUUUAAAAACCAAAUAUUGUUGUAACAGAAAAUGUCCAAUUGCGAUUAGUUUCGUUAUAUAUUUCUCUUUAACUACUUAAAUACAAAAUAAGUAGUUUAUUCAAAUUUUGCUUCAGAAUAUUUUGUUCAUGAUGCAUUUUGUGUGUGUGUGAUAAAAUGUUCAAUUUUAUCACUAUGCCUAAUGCUUUUUUUCUCAUUUUGUCAAAUGACUAAUCCAUUUUGUUCAAACGGGAAAAGUAUUCAGGAGAAUUUUUAUGACUGCAUACUACAGGGUAGUAUGGAUUUGUUUGUUGUUUUCUUUCAGUGCCUCAGUUAAUUAUAUAAAUAUAGCAUAUUCUUUUUCCUUCUUGUUUGCUUUCUUUUUGACAGGUAAUUAUAAUGACUUUUAGCGUGAAUGCAGUUUUAGUCUCCUAUUCUAUUCUGUAGCAGUUACUUUCUACUUCCUUUUAUGAUCGGUUAAAGUUAUGUGUGGUGCUGAACUGCGAUCAGGUUCUGUUUUUGACUGUGACGUGUAAUAUUCGAAAAUUGACUCUUAUUCCUUUUGUUCUUCUUUUCAUUGCUUUCUAGUCUAAAUCCAAAUUUCGCUUGUACACAGUCACUUUUUCCGGCUGUUUAUAUUUCUGGGCAAGGGGUGUACUUUAGAUUUAGCUCUGUGUGUGUGGGUUUAUCUCCUGUAUCUCACCUUGGUAAUUGUUUUUGCACAUUAGUUUACAUAUUUGUCUUUUCACUUUCUGAUAAGCAUUUAAGUAAAAAUCUGUAGAGAUUGUUAUUCAUGAAUCAUUUUUGCAUUAAUUUGUGUUCUUUUAUCGCCUUUAUUUGUUUGCUUCUGAAUUUAUUUCUUUGUGGAUAUUUGCGAAAGCUUAAAAAGAAAAUUGUUCUUAGUUUGUAGGGUUUCUUUUUCCGUGUGUUCAUUCAUAAUAUGUUAUUGUUGUAUAUAGUAGAAUUGUUUAUAUUGUAUUCCUAUCUUUUUUUUUUGAAUUAAAUAAGCUUAUCGAAU